CAAUGUUGUCGUUUGAAGAUCUGAUGACAAGUCUUCAGGACUGUGUGAUCACCGAGGAUCAAACACCAGAGAACGUCUGUCAAGCUCUCAGGCUCUUUGUUGAUAAACUGUCUGAAUCCUCCAGGAGUAGUGUGAAAAGAUGCAAGGAGCGCAUUUUAGAGGAGGCUGUGCAAUUGCUGAGAAAGAUUUCAGAGACAGACCUUCAAGGUUUAAAGGAGAGCCAACUCCUGCUUCUUGUCAGACUCCUCAUCUCCCUGCAGCUGCAGAUGGUCAACAUCUCCACAGCCUGUCGAAAAGUGGACCAGAUGUUGCAACAUCUGGCAAAGGUGGCCCACCAACUGGUUUUUAGAGAAAUCCAGCUGUGUUUUCACUCCAUAGAGCACACUGAUCAGAUACUGUCUAUUGAGGAUCUUCAGAGAGCCUGUAUGUUCCUGGAAGACAGCACUGUUGGUCGAGAAGUGUGGCGAGAGUCAUGCCUGUCUUUUAUGAAUAAACUGUCUGAGUUAUUCCCUGUUGUACUGCAACAAGAAUCCCUGAGAGAUGGACCGCUGUGUUAUAUUGCUGUUAAGGUGUGUUUACAGAUAUUUCAGCUGUUGUCCAGUGAAGUGGCUCCUCUAGUGUGGAAGAAGGAGAAUGAGAGCCAAACACUGCAGAAGAUCCUGCAGGCUCUUAUGUACAUAAUCCUCGGACAGUGCUGCAACAGGGACACUCGCCUUUUGGCAGGCACUGCUGUGGCCAUGCUGAUUAACACAGCAUCAGAGAGCAGAGCUGGAGGUGCUGCUGCCUGGAGUCUGCUACAGGUCUCUCAUCCAGAGCCGUGGCUGCUGACUGUUGGUGUUCUUCAGGCGCAGUGCAGCCCCGCAGGGAAGGACGGAGUGGACAGGCUGUCUGUGAGCAGGGGCCUCCUGACCUGCUGCCGACCUCAUACCUUGCUCACUUCACAUGCGGAUUCCACAAGGUGUCUGCUGCUGGAUGGUUUGUUUCCUCUGGCCUUUGGUUUGUGUGAGGAGAAGCUGGAUUGUCACCACUAUGCCUUUGAAGUGUUAACACUAUGGCUGAAGAAAGUCAAAGAAUGUCUGGCUGAUAUUUGGGAGAUGACAGGUGUUCGUCUUCUACCUGACAACAGCAGCCUGCAACAACAGCUCAUUCAUAUUAUCUGGACCAAUGCUGAAAGCCCAGUGGAAGGUGUGUCAGAAUCUGCACGCAGUGGCUUUUGUCUGCUGCUGGACGUCUAUCAGAUGGACUGUAAGAAGUUUGCUGACACAAAGAAAACUCUUUAUUCAAAUUUGCUUCAGCGAAUAAUCAAACUCCCAUGGGAAGCCAAAGCCAAAUAUCAUCGCCUUUGUGCUCUUCUCCCAUAUCUGGGUACUGACAUGGUGCUGGAUCAAUAUGGUGAAAUCCCCAAUCAUCUACUGAAGUGCCUGUCAACCAAUCACCUGUCACCAUGUGGAUCAGAGCUUUACAAGUGUCUGAUCCAGCAACAGAGGAGAGAACUAUGUGAAGGCUCGCAAAAGUUGGCUUCAAUCGCUGAGGUGAAUCUGGCCAAUCAGUGGGCAAGACGUUGGCAGCCCGUCCUUCUUGAGGCAUUGACUUCUGAUGUAACUCUUCUACAGAACAACAGCUCAUCACACUUACUGCCCUGCACCUUUCAAGUCUUCCCCUCUACUGUGGAGCUGCUGCUGGCCUCUCUGGACCCAUUCACCCCUGGUCACCUGUACGCCUGGGCCUGCAUCAUGAGUUCCUACCGGGCCACGACCGGAGGCUCUCCCUGGGCUCUGCAGGGCAGCUCAACCCUUAAAAACCUCCAGCUAGCUCUAGGAUCUGUGGAUGACAAAGUGCGACUUGCUGUUCUCAGCCUCCUCUGCUGCAGCCCAAAGACCAAAGAUACUCCAACUUCAGAGGAGCUGUCAAUUAUGAAGACCUUCAUUCCUCAGAACCUGAACUGUGAGUCGUCACCUUUUCGCCAACAUUUUCAGGCAGGAGUGAAGAAAUUUCUGGUUCGUAUCAGGGAUGGCUGCUUGGCAUGUGUCAGAAGAGAAAAAGGCAAGAAGAAGGAAGAUGCCACCAACUUGGAAAGGGCAGAGGAAAUACUGAACCAGGGAAUAGGUUUUGUGGAAUGGUUGGGUGAGCUUCCUUACUGCUAUCUGGCACCAGGACACAGUUACCAGAGGAAGAAGACUGUGCUGUUGUUGCUGUCUGCAGUGCUGGAGACCUGCACAGACACCUGGAGCCCCGACAAAAAGAAGGGACAACCUCCAGUGAACAUGGGGUCUCUUAUUAACUGUGCGAGGCAAAAAGGAAAGUGGGAUUUCUUCUGCAAGACAAAACAGCUGGUCCUCAUCAGCUGUUUAGAAGAUUCUACAAAUGAGAUUCGGGAGCUUUCGGCGGGGCUAUUGUUGAGAUAUUUCCCACCCAGUUUACCAGAUGAUAUCACUUCUGUGCUGCUCACGCAAACCAAACAGCUUCUGUGCAGUCCUCGGGUGCAGGAGGCUCAGAUGGGAGCGCUGAUGAUGAAGGUUGUCCUUCAGAAAACACGAGACCAGUCUGAGGACUGCGGGCCGAACAAUACUAUUACUGUCAGCUGUGGAAGCAACACAAAGGUCUCCAGCUUUGUUAGAUUCCUUGUGAGGGAGCUGGAGGAGCACUACCUCACAGCCAAGGUUGACAUGAUGCUUGCUGCCAGAACCAAACCUAUACAUGGUGUUCUGAGUGCCCUUCAGAGGUGUUUCCUUGAGGCACCUACCCGUAUCUUUGACACACUUGGCCACAGUCUGACCAUUGAGGUCCUGGGCCUGCUGGAAAAUAUCUCGUUGCUUCUGCUGGGUGUGCUGUAUGGAGAUACUUGUGCUACUGACAAGGAUGCCCCCCCAUCUUUUUGUGAUAUGGGCAACGCCAUCAGCUCUCUGAUAGCACAAGCAUCAGGAGGAAACCAAGGCGAUGGAGAGGAGUGUGUCUUGCUAUCUGAAGAACACAGCCUUGUUCUCACCUGCUGCUGGGUCUCUCUCAAGGAAAUUGGGAUCUUUUUAGGUUCUCUGGUGGAGAGAAUUCUCACUGAAUCCAAACCCAGCAAGUGCCUGCUAAAAAUAGAAGAUCUAAUAAGAGCAUCAAAAGUAUUCAAAAAUAUUCUUCUCAAAUGUCGCCACUGGGGGGCAGUAGAGGGAUGCUGUGUAGGCUUCACCAAGUUCUGUGCCUGUCUACUAAGCAACAAUGAUCCACAGUUUAGGAAUAUCCCAGCCCACAUGCUAACACAAGGAUUGCAGGUUGUGCAGUGUCCUCGUUCUACUUCUGUGACCCGGCGGGCUGCAGGGUUGCCUAUGCUCAUCCUGUGUGUUGUGUCAGCAGAGGAGGCCAGUAAAACACGGCCACUUUUAUCCCACAGCAUGCAAAUCUUACUGGAGACAGCCAGAAGCCCUAUGCCUGACAGCUGGGACCAGACACUGGACCUCCCACAGGUGUGUGCAGUUCACACUCUGCAGGCCCUGGUGCGUGGCUCUGGGCUGGGAGUAGCUAUCCUUCAGUUCGCCCCUGAUGUAGCCAUCUUGUCUCUCACUCUGCUCAGUUCUCCCUGCUGGGCCAUGAGGAAUGCUGCUCUGCAGCUUUACAGUUCUCUUUGCUCACGAAUGCUCGGCCAGAGGCCCAGCAGUGACGAAGGCGGCCCCACUCAGCAUGGCAUGUCCCCCCCUGCCUUCUUCUUCCACUACCCUGCGCUGCACCCCUUCCUCCUUGCAGAGCUUAGAGGGGCAGCACACAACCUCCAAGGUCCACCUGAGGAGGCCAGGCUUCGCCUUCAGCCAUCGCUCUACCCUAUUCUUACUCUGUUAGCCCAACUGCAGCCUGGCGUCCAAGACUCAACUGAAGCUUUGUUAGACUUCCUGCCCCCUUUACUCCAACUGUCUGCCAGUCCCAUUUACAGUGUGAGAGUGAUGGCCUCGAAGGCUUUGGUUGCCAUGACUCCCCCUUUAGAGUACAUGAACAUCCUCAUCAAACUGACAGAUGAACUGCCUGGUCCACUGGAUCGUUGCUGUCACAAUCAGCUCCACGGACAGCUGCUGCAGAUCAAAGCUGUUCUAGACAGAGCUCUCUGCACACACAGUGCCCCUUCAGCUGUCCUGUGUGAGGUGCUGAGCAGGGUGGAUGCCUCGCUGUGGCUUGCAACUGAGGCUCAGUGCUGCCCCCUGGUAAGAUCAGCCUACCUGGCAGUGGCAGACUCACUGAGAGGGUUCUGCUGUGAGACCUACCUGUCAAAGCUCUACGAUACGCUCAUGUGUGAGCUCUGUACACCUCAACAGGGGCUGCAGGUUGGGCUGUCUUCCUUCCAUCAACAAGCGAUUCAGUUUCUAUGUGCAGACCAGAAGUGGGCCUGUCAAAUCUGGGACAACUUUUCUGCAGCGAGCCUUGAUCUGAAGCUCACAUUAGUUACAUGGGUGGUGGAUGGGCGAGGGUUGCAGCUGACCAGCUUGAAAGAGGUGAUCCAGGGGGUGCUGCAGUCAAACCUGAGGGAGGCAUUGUUGAGCCACUAUGUGGAGUACCGCAGGACCUACCUCGCAGCCCUGGUGGCAGUGAUGGCUGGAGGUGAUUUUACUUCACCCCAGUGUCCUCCUCAGUCGGCUCCGAUGAAGGAAUCGGUUCUGCUCGAGUGUCUGGAUUUGUUGCUUGGUGACCUGGAGGAGCAGAGAGGUGGACCAGAGUUCCUCUCACAGGCGCUGUUUGCCUCUAGUCUGCUACUGUCCCAGCAAUCAGACUCCAGUUUUAAGAUUGCUAUGAUCCAGCGCUGGUGUAGUGUCUUGGAAUGCCACUGCUCUCCAGAUGCCACAGAAGUGCUCCGGAUAGCUUGUGCUGAAGCUCUGUGUGUAGCUGGAGUGUCUCUAAUGAGCUGCAGUCUGAGAGAACACAACACCCUGCCAGCCGUCAUGAUCAGGUUGAUCAACACAGGCCUAUAUUUGCUGCAGGACCAAAGCCAGGUUGUGAGGAUUAAAGCGGCCUGUUUUACCUCCAUGUUGCAGCAUGCCAGAGGAGGAAGCCAGAGGAGUGUCUACCUCAUGCAGGUCAACCAGGCUCUGCCACUCUUAUUAGAGUUGCUGCUAGAGGAAUGUUGGGAUACACCUGGCACUUUGGAGGUGCUAUUGUGUCACCUGACUCAGCCUGAUCUCAGACCUGUGCUGAGAGAGGCUUCAGAAACAGGGUGUGCCAGUCUAUAUGAGCAGGAUGAGGCCAAUGUGUUUGCAGAGCCAUCUGUGAUGUCUGCACAUGUGCUGCCUUACCUACUGCAGAUGGCUGAAAAGUACUCGGAAUCCUCUACAUUGGCACAAAGCCUAAGUGCAUGGGCAGAGGAGAGUGCUGCACAGCUGCUAGACAGCCUUGCGGUGUGCAAAGAGCUCCAGCCAGCUCAGACUCUGACCCCGACCUGGCUAUCUCUCCUCAUGGAUCCCCGCUUACACAGCGCCCUGUGUGGCCUGUUAACCAGGGCUGCCUUCCUCCUACGGCUGUUGAAAACAUGUGAUGACGUACGACACCUUUGUGAUUAUUCAGCCCUCCAUGAGGCUGUACAGGAAGUUUGUAGUCUUCUCGGCCAGAGAGGCGUCCACUUUCCCUCUGCUUUAACAGCUGCUGUGGCUGGAGACUUGCCACUAUGACAGCACUGAGGAGCUUUUUCUGUACACUCAGUGAGCAAGGCCUUUCAGCCGAUGAGGCAGCAGAUAUAAUUACCUGUGGGUAUUUCAGGACUGCCUAUGACAUCUAAAUGUACAGCUUAAUGUGAAUGAGUAGUGCAAUUGCUGAUGCUGCAGUACACCAGCACUUGGCAGACUGACAAGAGCUCAGUCGCUGCCGCCAGUUGUAGCCAUCAUCAUAUUAUCUAUACAGCGAAGAGACCCGUUAAGUGGAGAACAGUGUGGGGUCUACACUGUAGAAUAUAUCGUCACAACCUCUCAAGGCCUUGUUUGCCACAAUUCUUUUACCAAAGACGGCUGAUAAUAUGAAAUAAAAUGUCUUAGGCCUUAUUUAUUUUUCUAAUUAACAGAUUUUAUGCAGGUUGAAACGCCCACCUCCUGAACAACCCCAGGUCUGUCUAUAUGCUCAUUCUGUAUCCCAGAGCAGUGAUCCUGCCCUCUGUUGUUCUGUGUUGUAUGUUCAUGUCUCAACCGCAACAGUAGCCACACUCAGACCAAUGGAGUGAUGUAAUGUAACAGCAUCUGGAGAAAUUGGCUACUUGGUGCCCAGCUGGGGAAUAUAGUGUACAGUUUAAUGCUCCAUUAGAGGCUUUCUGCCUGGAUAAGUGUCCAUUUUCCAGCCACAUGAGGGCUGAAGAUGAUUGGGUAGAUCUGAUAGAUAGCUGGUGGUUGCUCCGCAACAGACCACACACUAGAGGAGUUUUACAUCACCAGAUAGCCCACUGUUUUUGUUUGAGAUGGGAACAGUACAUGCUGUGGUUGAUCCAUUUUAGGAAAUUAACUAAAUGUUCAUGGAUGUUUUUGACCAUCAUGUGGUGUUUUUGUUUCCUUGGGAUAUGUUAUUGUCAGUGCUGACACAACUGUCAGGGUAUAAGUAUGGAAACAACAUAUUAGCAUCUGACUGUAAACAAGCAGAUUUCCAUGUUUUACUUCAAUUUUACUGUACCAAUUUUUCUGCCGUACCAUUCUUCUACAUGCUACCUCUACAUCAGUUUAGGUUUCCAUUGUGUAUGCCUGACGCAUUGUGCUUGUAAGCAUAGAGAUUAUGCAACAUGUAUGACAUCAAGCCUGUGAUAAUGAUUCAUAAUUACAGCUGAUGCAAUGCAUUUCCCAAUGACCCAAGCCAAAAUGAGCACCUGGUGUGUACGGCUCUAUGAGAUUUACAUGUGCCUCAACAGAAGCUACAGAUGGUUAUUGUUGAGAACACGGAUGAAGAUAAUACUCAAGACAAUGAUUAAUAAAUGAGAGUUGUCGGGCCAGCUGUGAUGUACAUCAUCAUCAAACAUGUUGAACUAUGCCACACCUAGCUAACACCUAGAGUAUAUAUUAAAGGUGGUAGAAGACUGCGACACACCCAGUUUCAGCUCCCCCUCAGCGAUCAUUACAACUUUCAUUCUUCUACGAUUGUUUUAACUAUUUUAACUUGCACUCAGCACAUCUUAGGUAUGCAUGUUCAGGGACUGUGAUGCAUAAAUUUGUUAUUGAACCUUGAUCCCAGAGAAACGCUCUCUCAUUCUGCCUUGCACAGAAAUGUAUGGUAAAAUGACAAUAAACUUGAUUUUAUUAUUAUGUGAUAAAUUGUGUAUCUUUAGUCAUAAACAUAAAACAAAUGCAUGUAUUAGUUUCCCAGAUUUCCGUCUAAUUUAAGACAAAAGAUUGUGUCAAAGUCAUUUCAGAAAGUUGUUUAGAACAAAUACAAGUGGGGCCCUGAACUUUGCUCUACAUCAAGACAAAGGAGAGCAAAACACGAGGCUUAA